AUUAGGGUUUUCAGUUGUCCCCUCUCUCAGUGAAGACACCCACGCAACUAGCUCAAAAUGUCCGUAAAAUCGUAACCUUUUUAAACUUGAAAAGAGCAUCCUUUUUGUUCCUCAAACCCCUAUGUAUUAGACCCUAUACACCGUUAGAAAGCGUAGACUCUCAGCUUUCUAAAAAUGCAUAAAUAUUCACCGUACCUCAUACACAACUCAUCGUAUGAACUUAUGAAUGAACGUCUUAGGCUCCGCCCCGUUCUUCCGAACGACUCGCGCGACCGAGAAAUUCUGCCAAAUCGGCCCCUAAAUUUUGCCGAAUGAGACGCGACGGUCGACUUCGGCUGCUUUUCCGCAGCUGAUUCGUUGAACGAAUGACUGAUUGACGGGUUUCACCUUCAUCUAUGGGGGCUAAUAUGUACAAUCAACUUUGGACCAUCUCGAUAGCUGCUCGAGAACUGAAGUUAUAUAAAAACGCAUUUUCGGUGCCAUUUUUUCACUGAAAAACUUCAAGUUUGAAGGUAGGUGUGAUCUUAAUCUGAAUUCUACAUGUGUUUUUUACUUUAUGUGUGAAUUUCUAAGCUAUAUUGUUAUAAGUUUUGAGCGGAGAAUGAAAUUUAACUGCGAGUGUGGUGAAUUGUCGUCACCCUUUGUCGCACAACAAACGCUAUUGUACGCGACGUGGGACUAGACAAUGAAUGUGCAGCGGUCAAUGGGGCUGGAUUUUGAACAGAGUGAGCCUGCGCGCUGUGUUUUGAGGCGAUUAAUGAAGUCGUUUAUGACAUUUAUUUCAAAUGUUGGUGCAUGAAUUAAUAUUCAAAUUAUUAUUAUUACGAUAAAAAUAUAAUUAUGAUAUGUAUUAUGAACAAAUCUAAGAUAAAUGUAACAAGUUUGAGAAAGACGGAUGUCCCACUUACUUUAGCAUUACCUACUUAUAAAAAUGGUACGGUCCAAUUUGUACCUACCUGUGCGGUCGUACCACUCGGGAUGGACGAGUCCAUUAUAAACAGGGGUGUUUUUAUCAUUAAUAUGGGAGGGCCAUGCUAGAGAUUGAAAUGCUUAUGCAAAUUUUCACAAACGAUGCAUAGACCCUCUAAUGAGGUUUUAUUUGAAAGUGAAGCCAAUUAAUGUUUGCAAUUGACUUUGGUUUCCAUGUAACAGGUUAUGAAUUAUUCUAAAUUGUAAAAUUAAUAAUAAAAUGAAAAGUUUUUUCGAAAUACUUGCAAUAAAAAAAUAAAAACAAUUGUUUCAUGUUUGUUACAUGUAUUAAUAGAUCUAGUAACUUAAAUUAGAAUUUGUAUAUAUAUUUACGUUCAUAUAUUUAUACAUGAUUUCCUAAUUUCUAUAUCUGUGCAGAUUAUAUUAAUAUUAUUUGGACAAGCCAAGUGAUGCAGGCCGCCUUGAACUGGAAUGGUUGACAACUACCAUCCACUCUUCGUCCAUCGAUGAUGUGAUCCGUCAUUGACAUUGAAUGCGUGAGCAUAAUCCUCAACCUGCAAAUUGCAUUUCAUAGAUUAUAUUAAUAUUAUUUGGACAAGCCAAGUGAUGCAGGCCGCCUUGAACUGGAAUGGUUGACAACUACCAUCCACUCUUCGUCCAUCGAUGAUGUGAUCCGUCAUUGACAUUGAAUGCGUGAGCAUAAUCCUCAACCUGCAAAUUGCAUUUCAUAGAUUAUAUUAAUAUUAUUUGGACAAGCCAAGUGAUGCAGGCCGCCUUGAACUGGAAUGGUUGACAACUACCAUCCACUCUUCGUCCAUCGAUGAUGUGAUCCGUCAUUGACAUUGAAUGCGUGAGCAUAAUCCUCAACCUGCAAAUUGCAUUUCAUAGAUGUAAUUCAACAUGUCUGGCGAUGGAGGAGAAAUUUCUUUAGGUCCGUUUGCAGAUGCUGUUGGAGUUACCCAUGGUGACUUGACCAACCCAGUCGCGGGAAGGCUGACAACAAUCAAGUGUGGCCUGGUCUUCGAAAUAAUUGACAACAUCCCAACCCAUAAUGCUCAAGAGACUGCAGAUUUGCUCCUGCGAUUAGCCCACCCAGACUCUAUUAUACACACGUCCAAACCACUUAGUCUACGUUUGAAGAUAGCCAAAGCAGUCAGAGAGAGGGCCAAGUUGAGAAAGAACAAAAAGGCUGCAUUACCCAACUUUUUCAACACAGAGUUUGUGCCCCCAGUAGCACCUCCACUUCAAAUACCAGCGAAGCGCACCUAUGAAGAACUUCACGUUGAGAAUAAUGAAAUAAAGCAGAAACUCGCGCAAUUGGAGGAAGAGCAGAAAAAAGUAGAGACUGAAUAUCCUGAUGUUGUCCGAGAGUCUAACAGACUUCAACAAGAACUUGCGGAUGUGGUCAUUAAGCAUAGAAAUACAUUAACAACUCAUGCUAAAGACAUUAACAAACUGAUGAAGGAGAAAGCUAAACUUCAAAGUGCAUAUGAACUCAAAUCAAAUAAACUUGAUGAGGUAAACAUGAAGGUAGACACAUUGAAAGGAAAGUCACAAGCCAAGUCAGAAAAAAUAAAUUCCUUGAAAAAACAGGUGAAACGAGAUUCAGAGUGUAAGGGAAAAAAGGUAAAGAAAAUUCAUGAUCUGGAACAAAACAAAAAAGAAAUGGAACAGCAAGUGGCCCAAAAGGAUGAGUGCAUUGAGAGAACGAAGGAGUUAAUGGAAGAGGCAAAGAGUGAACGACGUGCAGCCUUGAAGGACUUGAGUCAAAUAAAGAGAAGAGCUAAAGAAAGCCAGUGUAACCUCAUUGCUACAAAUGAAGCCAAAAUUAAAGAACUAAAAAACACAAUUGAACAAAAUGAUGUACAUGUACGUGAACUAGAGCAGCUAAAUGUGUUGCUGGAAGGUGAUGUUAUCCACACCUUUGAAGGUGGACGUUUCAUAAACGAAAUGAGGGAAACAAUUAUGGUGCUUUUAACCGAGUGCAACGUUAGUAUGCCAAAAGUAGGGAAUGUUAUCACAACAGUUUGCAAAAACCUACUUGGAAAGUUGCCCGAUAAGCUGCCAUCACACGGAACUCUUCACAGAAUCUUGAAUGAAGCCAAAUUUGUUGCACAGACUCAAAUUAUGGAGUAUAUGGAAGAAGGGGGAGAUCCUUCCAACCUUCAGGGUAAUACCCUUCACUCAGAUGCUACCACGAAAUUUCACCGGCACUACCAAGGCUUCCAGGUGACGUUGCCUGAUAAAGAGCAGAUCAGCAUUGGUCUUGUAGAGGUAGGCGCUGGUGAUGCCGAAACUUAUCUGGAUGCCUUCAAACGCGCCAUUAGUGACAUUGCUGAGGCAGUUUGUAGUGAUCAGAGCACAGAACAAGAAAAGAAAAUAGCAGCAUUGGUCACAUCAGUUAAAAACACAAUGGGGGACCAGGGGCCUACCAAUCCUCAAUUUAACAAGUAUGUGCAAUCAUUUAGGGAAGAAUUAUUACCUCAUGUUGUAUCCAACUGGGAUUCAUUGUCGACAGCUGCUCAGAAGGAAAUAGGAGACAUGGGCAACUACUUUUGCAAGAUGCAUCUAUUUGUUAACUUUGCAACAGAAGCAGACAAGGUCCUCAAAAUAAAUGAGGCUGAUGUUAUCGCUGCUGGAAAGAAUCAGUUUGCUUUUGGGACGGAGAGCGGUGCAGCACGCUUGAUUAGAACAUCAGCGAAAGCCUUAACUCAACGUGGAUGUGACAUGUCAGGUAUGGCUGCAAACUGGAUGACAUACCUAGAGGAACAGAACAUAAAAAAUCACCUCAUUUCUUAUCGUGCCAAUCGUUUCAACGUCCUCUUCUAUUCUGCUGCUGCAACGUAUUACCAUAGACGUCAUAUCUUUGAUUUCAUCAGUACUCUCCCUGAUCCCAACAACCUUCUCAAAGCAGUACAAUAUGAUGUGCAACAGACAAUUUAUCUCGCUCAGAUACGCGCCCUAGGCAUAAUCGACAAAGUCAUAACCGGACCAUUUUGGCGGCUUGUCGAAAGAACAGAUAAUAUCCUACAGCUCAACAACCCACUUGCUAUCAUGCAGAAUAAGCUGAAAUCAUGGGCAAAUGACGCUUCACCAAUCUUAAACAAGGAAGUAUUGUUCGAGAACAUUGAAAUUCACAAAGACGUCAUGUAUGAAGCAUUGUUUGCUGAAAGCGAAGAUACCGAUUUCACUACUUAUACACAAGUUGCACUAGAGAUGGUACUGACAGGGAUGUUAUUAAUUCUAGAGAGGCAGGCCAAGGACCAGCUCGAAGGAGGGAAGUUUUUCGCACCUUCUGCUAAUCUGCUGAAGUCCGCUCAAAAUGUGCCAACUACCAAUAAUGUUUCAGAGCGAGAUUUUGCAGUGCUUGAUGUUUUGGUGCGCCUGAAGCCAGCUGCAUCCUGCCAUUCAUUUGAAACAUAUAUCUUAUGGCUGCACAACAAGCCAAGUGCCUGGCUGGACCAGAUGACCAAGGAAGAAAAAAACAAAUUGCUGGACAUGGCGAGAUGUCGGUACACAUCGAUAAGACAGCAGUAUCUGAGAAAAAAAGACAAAUUGAAACAACAGCACAGGCAAGCACUGCAUGCAAAACAAGAAAAGAAAGAAAAACAAGAACAAAGGAGUCGAGUUACCAAAGUGGCAGCUACAGAAGGGGUGUUUGCGUAUGGAGGAGUUUGGACCUUGGAUUCAUAUGAAGAUAAGAUCAGUGAACUACAACCAGCAAAAAGGAAAGCUGCUAUUUAUGCCCAGCUCAAGUACCACAAGAGGGUCCUAGACUCCAAAGGGAACCCUCAAUUGUUUCAGAAGUCCACUCACGGUACUGAACAUUCAGAGGGAACCCUCACAGAUAACUUAAAAACUCUCCUGGAACUCAAUAAUAUCACAGCAGCUGAUGUAGAGGGUGCUAGAGACCAGACCAACCUUCAAUACCACACAAAUGAAAAAAUAACAACAAAUGUUCGUAGUAGCAAGUCAGAAAGGAUGAAAAAAAUUUCUGAACAAAGGAAUCAAAUAAAGGCCAAACAGCAGCAGACGCUUCUUCCUGAACUCCUGUUGGAUCCAGCAUCAUUAGUUGGUAAAAAAUGUAAGCAAAAGUGUCGUGAGGAGGAUGGCAGCGUUGAAUGGUUUACUGGCUCCGUUACUGCAAUUAGCCGUUUCAAACAGAAUGUGAUAAGUACGGAGUUUGACAUGGUAUAUGACGACUUCCCUGAAGACACCUGGACUUUCCCACUUCUGAUGGAUCUGAAGAAAGGUGAUUUGAUCAUCCUAUAAAGAAAGGGUUACGGUAGCUCUUUCCACUCACGAGCUCGACUCACCAUAGUUCGUCUAUCAUUUCAUCAGCGAGUUCGACUUACUGCAACUCUGAUGAUUUCACUACGAAGUCGGGCUCAACGAUUCAUCGAGCGACCCACUGCUCUUCUUCACCACCGGCUUUGAUGUCUACAUUUCUACCCUUGGCCUCCGACAUCAAACGACUCACUGUUUCAUCGUCGAGCGCCCAACUUUUCUUCUCUUCUCUUUUCGCCCGAGAGCUACAUUCGUCAUCAUCAUCACGAGCGUCGGCGUCGGCAUCGGCAUCGCGUUCUUCACGGCUCUUCAGCCACGUCAAUGAAGUCGCGUUUCCGCCAUCAAGCCUCCGCACCAUCAUCGCGUGAGCCCCUUCCUUCGUUCUUCACAUUUCAUCAUCUUCAUUGGACUUUCGACCUCAUUUCCACUCUGUCGUAAGCUCUAUUCAUUUCACUGCAUUUAUUCAUCAUUACAUGACCAUUUAAAAGUCCGUGCAAUAUCUACGAUUCUCAUUCAUGUGAUUCGUAUUCCGAAUCAUUUAUUCGCCUGACUGACUUCACUUGCAAGUGUUAGUCUAUCAUAUUUAUACAUUAAUAAACUUAACGAAAAGAGAAUACUUUCUUUCAUGUAUUUUAUUGUCAGUGCAACCUUGCUUCCUCGUAGCUAAAAUAAAAAGAGAGUUAUGUUGUGUGACUAGUGAACACGUUUUCCAAUUUCCAUUCACAUUUCCUCACACACUCAUUUCUUUACAGACCUUUACUGUUUCCAUGACAACCGACAACACAGACGUAAUACAUUGCAUAAAACAUUAAAAACCAUACCAUUGUAAAUCAUAUUGUUAGAAUAAUAUAUCCAACAGUUUUGGUGGUGAAAACUUGUCUAAUUUUGGAUUUAUGUUGAAAAGUGCAUUUGUUUUUGUCAAAUCAGAGCGUUAACAAAUCAGUGAUUUGUAUUGGUUUCUAUGGUAACAAAAACAUUUUACAACAUAAAUUCACAAUUAAAAUUCUAUUUAGGGAGCUUAUUGAUAAAAUAACAUAUCCUGCAUAUCUUAUGGUUAUAUCUUAAAUAAUUAUGGAUCUCAGUUUAAAAGCGUCAAAUCAGGCCAAAGAAAGUUCAUUGACCUUUCAACUGUUUCCAUGGUAAUGCAGAUGUAAUACCAAAUAUUGUAUCAUUUUAAAGUAAUGUUUUUUUAAAGCAUACAAAUAAAGUAACAUAUCUUGAAAGUUUAGUGGUGAUAUCUCAAGUAAUUUGUGAUUCAUGUGUGAAAGUGUCAAUAUUUUACCUAAUUUUAGACCAAAACUUGGGACAAUUUUGGGCCUAAUUCACUAUGCAUGACCGUCUUCGCGGAAUGUGCGAUAUUUUGACACGUAAAUUGCCAUAUCUCGAAAAAUAUUUAUCCAAUUUGAUUCAUUAAAAAAAUAUUGAAUUGUACUCUUCAAGCUCUUUCAUAUGAUACCAAAUUUAAUGCAUUUGGACAUAUGAAUAGUUUUGACCUGAAAA